GCAGGAGAGAAGCAGGAGGCAGGAGGCAGUGGGGAGGGAGCAAUGGGAGCGGGAAGCAGGCAGGUUCCCUCGCAAAUCCCCCUCCGGCCCCACGUCGCUUCGCCGGCCCCGGCAGGGGAGCGAAGAGCCGGGCUAGCAGAUGGAGGAGUGGAGCUCGCUCUAGGCAGCGGGCUUGGCCGGAGAAUGGAGGAGCCGCCAAGCGACCGGCUGAUUGGAAGAGAAACGCAGAGCGAUGGAGGCGGGGGUAGGAGGACGAUUUCUCUGCGGGGACUGGCGGCGGCGUAUACGCCCGGGUCGGGCGCUGCAGAGCUUGGCUAGCUUUCAACCCGCGCUCGCCGGCUCCAGCCCCGCGCGCCCCCACCCCCAGCCCUCCCGGCGGCUCCGCAGGGUGAGGUGGUUUUGACCGCGGGUUGCCCGGCCAGCACGACCCGAGGAGGUGGCUGGAGGAGGUGGCUGGACGGCUGAAGAAUGAACGGAGAAGCUGACUGCCCCACAGACCUGGAAAUGGCCGCCCCCAAAGGCCAAGACCGCUGGUCUCAGGAAGACAUGCUGACUUUGCUGGAAUGCAUGAAGAACAACCUUCCAUCCAACGACAGCUCCAAGUUCAAAACCACCGAGUCACAUAUGGACUGGGAAAAAGUAGCAUUUAAAGACUUUUCUGGAGAUAUGUGCAAGCUCAAAUGGGUGGAGAUUUCUAAUGAGGUGAGGAAGUUCCGUACGUUGACAGAAUUGAUCCUUGAUGCUCAGGAACACGUUAAAAAUCCUUACAAAGGCAAAAAACUCAAGAAACACCCGGACUUCCCAAAGAAGCCCCUGACCCCUUAUUUCCGCUUCUUCAUGGAGAAGCGGGCCAAGUAUGCGAAACUCCACCCUGAGAUGAGCAACCUGGACCUGACCAAGAUUUUGUCCAAGAAAUACAAGGAGCUGCCGGAGAAGAAGAAGAUGAAAUAUAUUCAGGACUUCCAGAGAGAAAAACAGGAGUUCGAGCGAAACCUGGCCCGGUUCAGGGAGGAUCACCCUGACCUAAUCCAGAAUGCCAAGAAGUCGGACAUCCCCGAGAAGCCCAAAACCCCCCAGCAGCUGUGGUACACUCAUGAGAAGAAGGUGUAUCUCAAAGUGCGGCCAGAUGCCACUACGAAGGAGGUGAAGGACUCCCUGGGGAAGCAGUGGUCUCAGCUCUCGGACAAAAAGAGGCUGAAAUGGAUUCAUAAGGCCCUGGAGCAGCGGAAGGAGUACGAGGAGAUUAUGCGUGACUAUAUCCAGAAGCACCCCGAGCUGAACAUCAGUGAGGAGGGCAUCACCAAGUCCACCCUCACCAAGGCCGAACGCCAGCUCAAGGACAAGUUUGAUGGGCGACCCACCAAGCCACCUCCGAACAGCUACUCGCUGUACUGCGCGGAGUUGAUGGCCAACAUGAAGGACGUGCCCAGCACUGAGCGAAUGGUGUUAUGCAGCCAGCAGUGGAAGCUGCUCUCCCAGAAGGAGAAGGAUGCCUAUCACAAGAAGUGUGACCAGAAAAAGAAAGAUUACGAAGUGGAGCUGCUCCGUUUUCUAGAGAGCCUUCCUGAGGAGGAACAGCAGCGGGUCCUGGGGGAGGAGAAGAUGUUAAGCAUCAACAAGAAGCAGGCCACCAGCCCAGCCUCCAAGAAGCCCUCCCAGGAAGGGGGCAAGGGAGGCUCGGAGAAGCCCAAGCGGCCCGUGUCGGCCAUGUUCAUCUUCUCUGAAGAAAAGCGGCGGCAGCUGCAAGAGGAACGGCCCGAGCUCUCGGAGAGCGAGCUGACCCGGCUUCUGGCCCGCAUGUGGAACGACUUGUCGGAAAAGAAGAAGGCCAAGUACAAGGCCCGGGAGGCUGCGCUGAAGGCCCAGUCGGAGAGGAAGCCAGGCGGGGACCGCGAGGAACGGGGCAAGCUGCCUGAGUCGCCCAAGAGAGCUGAGGAGAUCUGGCAACAGAGCGUCAUCGGGGACUACCUGGCCCGCUUCAAGAAUGACCGGGUAAAGGCCUUGAAAGCCAUGGAGAUGACCUGGAACAACAUGGAGAAGAAGGAGAAACUGAUGUGGAUUAAGAAGGCAGCCGAAGACCAAAAGCGAUACGAGAGAGAGCUGAGCGAGAUGCGGGCACCCCCAGCUGCCGCGAACUCAUCCAAAAAGAUGAAGUUCCAAGGAGAACCCAAGAAGCCUCCCAUGAACGGUUACCAGAAGUUCUCCCAGGAGCUGCUGUCCAACGGGGAGCUGAACCACCUGCCGCUGAAGGAGCGCAUGGUCGAGAUUGGCAGCCGCUGGCAGCGCAUCUCCCAGAGCCAGAAGGAGCACUACAAAAAGUUGGCAGAGGAGCAGCAGAAGCAGUACAAAGUACACCUGGACCUCUGGGUCAAGAGUCUGUCUCCCCAGGACCGUGCAGCAUAUAAAGAGUACAUCUCCAAUAAACGUAAGAGCAUGACCAAGCUGCGAGGCCCGAACCCCAAGUCCAGCCGGACCGCCUUGCAGUCCAAGUCGGAGUCUGAGGAGGACGAGGAUGAGGACGAGGACGACGAGGACGAGGAUGAAGAGGAGGAGGAGGAUGAGAACGGGGACUCCUCUGAGGACGGCGGGGACUCCUCCGAGUCCAGCAGCGAGGAUGAGAGCGAGGACGGAGACGAGGCGAGGCGGCCGGGCACGGUGGGAGGGUCGGGCGGACCUUGCCACAAACUCCACCCGCUGACUGCCCGCCCCUUGCCCCCCAGAAUGAGGAGGAUGAUGAGGACGAGGACGACGACGAGGAUGAUGACGAGGACGAGGACAACGAGUCUGAGGGCAGCAGCUCCAGUUCCUCCUCGUCGGGAGACUCCUCGGACUCUGACUCCAACUGAGGCUCAGCCCCACCUGGGGCUCCCCUCCCCAACCAACCACCUUUGUUUCUCCCCCAUGUUCUAUCCCCCACUCCCUGGCCUCCCCCACUUUCUUUUUCUUUUUCUUUUUCUUUUUUUUUUUUUUUUUUUUUUUAAACAAAAUACGGUGGGGGAGGGGCUGGAGGAGCCCAGGCCAGGACUCUGCUGCCUCCGAGACAUCAGCCCUGGGGGGCCCUCCAGGGAACGCAACCAUCAGACUGAGCCACCACUGGACCGGGCCGGCCCACCCCUCUUCUGCACUUGCGGCUCCGUCAUGGACAAUGGACCUGGGAGUGGGGUGGGGGGUCCCAAAGAGUUCGGUGAGGCCCUCUACACCUGCAGCCCAACCCAUGGGAGGGUGGAAGCUUGGGGAAGACCCCUCCCUUCCCAGAGGGGCUUGCCGACUGGACCCCUACAUUGGAACUGGAGGCAGGGAACAGGUGGGGAGAGGAGGGUGGGUGCCUAAGAGCAAACAGGCACUGCCCCAUAGCCCUCUCCCCUGCCCUCUGCAGGAAGGAGCUGCCUGGACCCACUCAUGGGGGGAGGGGGCAGAAGUGUUUUUUAUAUAUGUGUAUAUAUUUUUUUUUUUAAGCUCUGAGCUGUCAACGAGACGUUUCCUACCGAUCUCGGCUGCCGUCUCUGUUGUCAUUUCUGGGAGAGGGUGGGUUUAGGGGGGUAGGUUUGGGACUUUUUUAAAACGGUCUUGGCACGAAUGGAAAAGUGCGUGCGUGUGUGUGUGUGUCGCCUGUACAUAGCAUGGGUGCACCUGUGGAUGUGUGCAAAGGCACGUGUGAGUGUGUGUGUGGAAGAGAGAAGGGGGAGCCCACUUCAGUCUGUGAAUCUGGUUGAAUGGGUUGGUGAGGCCCAGGGAGACGUUGAUCUUGGUGGGAACAGGCUGGGUCAGCCCCUUUCUCCACAUCCUCUGCUUUGCCUAAUCUCUGAUUCAAUUUGGGGGGGGGGGGGGCGUUACUGAAGCCACUCUGAUGCUUCCUGUACCUGCUUCCCUCUGCCAGGGCCACAGGGCUCUGAGCUGCUGCUGGUCUCCAGCAGGGCACCGGGGAGAGGGACAGAUUGGGUGGACCCGAGAGCUUCUACUUGGUGGGAAAGGCCUUUCCAGUUCAUCUGAGAGGUUGCCUGGCCACCUGAGGCUCAGAAAUUGGGCUUCAAGCUCUUAACACACAUCCCUCCUCCCUGUCCCUCUCUCUUCCAGCUCCCCACCCCCAUUCCCUAUGAUUUCUCAGGUCUGCUCCCUUCCCCGUCCCUCCAAACCCCCAGCUGGGGAAGGGGUCUGCAAAGGCUGCUUUUGCGGCUGUCCCUUUAACCCUUCCUGGCCAUCUCAAAAUUUGGGGUACCCUGAUUCCUAGAACCUUAGUAAGCCAAGCCACCUGGUCUCUGUGGAUUUAAAUUUUUUAAUUUUUGAUUAAAUUUUGGCGCCUUUUUUUUCUCUCCUUAUAAUCAUGUCAAUGACCUAUUUAAUUGGGGCUUUGUGCUUUUCUGCCUUCUCCCCCUGAAUGAAAGUCAAGUGAUGGGGGAAGAGUGGGAAUUCUACCCAGGAGGUGGAAUGGGAAAGGUGGGUCCCGCUCCCAAAGGAAGGCAGACAAUCUGCUUUGCCUUGGACAUGGUGCUGGGGUUGGGGGAAUUGGGGGGCGGGGGGGGACACUCCCCGCUCCCACUCCCCUUCCUUUGUCCUGACCCUGACGCAGGGGUUCAUAGGUUCUAUUUCUUCCCAGGAGCCCCUGCAAAGAACCCCAUUUCCCUGUUAGAAUGCCCCUGCGCUGUUGUGUUUUAGUGGAAUGUGUUUUCAUUUAAAAACAACUUUGAAUGGGGCGCUUUUUUUUCCUGUUUUAAAAAUUGAAAAAUUCUUACAGUACAAACAGGGCUGUGGGGGUGGGGGUGUUGGUGCUGUAAGAGGUCACUCUGAGUGCAUUUUGGCACUGGGAUGGGAUGGUUGGAGUCAGAGGACCCCCCCACUCUCUCCCCUUUUUUUCUAAUAUUUAAGGAGUGUUUUUGUAGGUUUCAACAACAACCGCAACUUGAAUUUGUACCAUGGGAGGUGGGAGGGAAUGUCUUAGAGGUGUCUGCCUAAGCUUAAGGCCAACUGUAGAAGUUUUGUUUUCCCUCUUUUUGUACAAUAAAGCAAAAAACAAAGGUU